UAAACAAAUCUAUGCGACAACGUCAAUUUCCACACCUCCCAAAAAUGACGUUUUUUCAAGUCUCUCCCUUCCAUUACGAGUUUCCUAUGGACUCCAAUUCCUUUCCUCGGUGAUCUUCUGCUCCCUUUGUGAAUCCCUUCACUUUCCCCUCACCUUUUCUGGGCCUCGCUUGAUUGGAGCAGCUGUAGCCGGCGGACGUCAUCGGAGCUGUUCGCGAUGCAGCACGGUUUCGAUAUUAAUGUGCUUCGCCAAGAAGCUCAAAAACGAUGGCUGAAAGCUUCUGAAGUGCAUUUCAUCUUAAAAAAUUACGAGCGCUUUCCUCUCUCUCCAGAGCCACCCCACCUUCCACUUAGUGGUUCUUUGUUUCUUUUCAAUCGUAAAGUCCUUCGGUUUUUCCGUAAGGAUGGACAUGCGUGGCGGAGGAAGAAAGAUGGAAGAACCAUUGGGGAAGCACAUGAGAGACUUAAGGUUGGCAAUGUAGAUGCUUUGAGUUGUUAUUAUGCCCAUGGGGAGCAAAAUCCUUACUUCCAGAGGCGUAGCUAUUGGAUGCUGGAUCCGGAGUAUGAACACAUUGUUCUUGUUCACUACAGAGAAGUGGAUGAGGGAAGAUACGUUUCUGGAUCAACCUCAAACUUCUCCAUUGAGUCUUAUUCAAAUUUAAAUCAUACUUCAACAAUUAUUAACACAGACAGAGGCUAUAUGUCUGGAACUACUGCAUUAUAUGAACCUUCUCAGAGCUCUUAUAGUCAAGGAUCAACAGAAGAAAUCAAUUCUAAGUUUGUCUUAGAGAACUUUGAUGCGAACCACCAUAAUAAAUUUGAAAGAUUAGAAAAUUCUGAUAAAAAUUCACAGCCAGAAGUCAACCACCUACUGCGGAAUCUUGAAGCACAGCUCGGUUUGGAUGAUGAUGAUAACUCCAUUUACUUUAAAGAAAAUCUACUAGAGUACUCUUGUGAGAAUGAUGAUAUACAAGUCCUAAAAGAUUUUCCUAAUGGAGGAACAAUGGUUUCUUUUGCACAUGAAAAUCUUCUCAUAGGAUCAGAUAGAGGACAUCGAGUUAAUGAAGUUGGAAAGCAGCAAAAUUCUGCCACUGUUCAGCUGCCAAAAAUUUCAGGUGACCAUGAAUCACAACAAAAUCAACCAUUAUGCUCAGAUUCUCCUUCGUGGACAGAUGUACUCCAGCUAAGCUCAAAAUCUGCAGGGAUGGAGUCCCAUGGAAGAAGUUCCAAUUUCUUGGCCUGCAAUGGGAUUCCUGAUUCUUCAAUUUCUAGAGAUACGUUGCCUACAUUUUCAGGCAGAGAGAAUAUGCCCAUAUAUUCCUUUGGUGCAUCUGAGAAUUUGAGUUCUUGUACAGCAGAAGAGAAACCAAAUGGUCAUGAAAUUUCUGAGAGUGAUUUACAUCACCAACUAUCUGCUACUAGAAGAUUUCUUUUAGGUUCCAAGGACUCGAUUGAAUCACCUAGCACUAUUUCUCAACUCAAAAUGUUUGGAGAACACCAUUCAUCUGCAGAAGGUACUUUUGAAGCAAAUGGUAGAAAAGAAAAUAGCUCUGAUUGGAUUGAAACUAUCCCCAUAGCUCUGGGAAACAAUGCAAAUUCUGCAGAUUUCUCUAGCAUUUUUUAUCAUAGUCAAUUUGGAGCUUCUCUUGCAACAGAUUUAAGUUCACAGAGACGUCGUUUCAGCAUAUGUGAAGUUUCUCCAGAAUGGGCAUUUUCUUAUGAGAGCACCAAGGUUAUCAUUACAGGAGAGUUUCUUUGUGAUCCACUGGAGUCUUCCUGGGCAGUCAUGUUUGGUGACAUCGAGGUUCCACUUGAAAUUGCCCAAGAAGGUGUACUGCGUUGCUGGGCUCCUCAACAUAGUACUGGUAAAGUUGAUCUGUGUAUCACAUCUGGGAACAGGAAGUCCUGCAGUGAGGUGCGAGAAUUUGAAUUUCGUGCUAAGUUAACCACCUCUAGCUAUAUAGAUCAUUUAUCUGUUGUUGGUACUGCAAAAGAUUCUGAAGAAAUAUUGCUCCUUGCUAGACUUUCUCAAAUGCUACUUGAUAAUUCAACAAUAGAAAAAGGUCCUAUUGACAAUCAAGUAGGGAAGUCUAGAAAACUUAAAGCAACAGAUGACCAUUGGAAGCAAAUUAUUGAGGCACUCAAAAUUGAUUGUGAUAAUUCAUUAGAUACCAAAGACUGGAUUAUGCUAGAACUGUUAAAAGACAAGCUGUUGAACUGGUUGUCGAUGAAACAUCAAAACAACAAGCAAGCAGACUGUUUGUUAUCCAAGCAAGAACAUGGCAUUAUACAUCUUAUUUCUGGUCUGGGAUACGAGUGGGCUUUGAAUCUCAUUCUUGAGCAUGGUGUUGGCAUAAAUUUCCGUGAUGAAAAUGGAUGGACGGCACUCCAUUGGGCUGCUUACUGUGGCAGAGAGAAAAUGGUUGCUGCACUGCUUGCUGCUGGAGCAUCUGCUGAAUUAGUCACAGAUCCCACUGCACAAGAUCCAGUCGGAAAAACACCAGGAUUCCUAGCAUCUGCUAGAGGCCACACGGGUCUUGCUGGAUAUCUCUCAGAAGUUGCUCUAACAAGUCAUCUAUCUUCUCUCACUAUAGAAGAAAGUGAGAUUUCCGAGGGUUCUUCUGAGGUGAAAGCAGUAAAAGCAGUUGAAAGCAUAUCUCAGAGGAGUGUCGAAAAACAUGGUGAAACUGAAGACGAACUUUCGCUGAAGGAUUCUUUAGCAGCUGUAAGAAAUGCAGCUCUAGCUGCGGCACGUAUACAAGCUGCCUUCCGUGCGCAUUCUUUUAGGAAGAGGCUGCAAAAGACUGCACUCAGUUUGAGUUGUGAUGAUUAUGGCAUGACUCCAGGAGAUAUACAAGCGCUAUCAGCUGUGUCAAGGCUUCAUAGGCCUUCUUCUAGUUCACAAGAUCAGAAUUCCGAUAGAGCAGCUCUAUCUAUCCAGAAAAAGUACCGGGGUUGGAAGGGGCGGAGAGAUUUUCUUACUCUCCGCCAACAUGUAGUGAAGAUACAGGCUCAUGUAAGAGGUCAUCAGGUGAGAAAGAAGUACAGAGAAAUCUUAUGGACUGUUGGUGUCGUUGAAAAGGUUAUAUUACGGUGGCGUAGGAAAGGAGCCGGUUUACGUGGGUUUCGAGCUGAACCAGAAAUUACUGAUGAAGACGACGAUGACGACGACAUAGCUAAGAUUUUUAGGAGGCAAAAGGUGGAUGGAGCUAUUGAUGAAGCAGUUUCAAGGGUUCUAUCAAUGGUAGACUCGCCCGACGCAAGGCAGCAGUACCGGCGCAUGCUUGAAAGAUAUCACAAAGCCAAGGCGGAAUUGAGCAAAUCAGAUGAAGCUCCAUCAGGAUUUGAAGAUGGCUCUGAACUCGACUUAUGUCUAAUGACUGACGCAGAUCAAACAUCUACUUGACUAUCUAGAUGAAGAUGCAUUUACGAGAAUGCUAAUAACUUUCCAUACGAUUUCAUGGUAUUUGACAGUCGACAGAUAGAGUUUGUUGUAAAUUAUUUACACUGCUGUUGAUGCAAAACUAACGACACUGUCUGCCUUUGCUCGUGAACUGUCGUAAUUUUUCCCUGAUAAAUAUUCCUCAUGUACCCAUGGAAAUCUGUUCGGAUUAGUCAUGUAAAGACAGACCAUGAUUCGAAUAGGAUAGUGUGGUUAGUGGAGAUCA